AUGAGGACCUUUACUAUCAUUCUCGCUCUGGCGUGCAGGCUCGCAUUUGCCGCGGCAGAAGAUGCCAACAAACCGUCGCCCGCGGCGGCAGAGACCAAGGCUGCUGCUCCCGUGAGCGCGGGCCGGCUUCACUAUGCCAUGGAAACUACAUACAAAGACGAUGGCUACGUUUUCAAAUGUGAAAAGUGCAAGACUUGGAGCAGACUGGCCCAGGCCUGCGGGGGUAUCGAAGGCUGCACCACUUGCGUGGAAACAAAGAGAGAGGGUGGCCAAGCUGCUUUCCGCUGCAACCAAACGGAAGAGCAUCAGGAGUACGCCGCGUUCUUGCCAAACCAGUGCUACGGGCGAUCCAACAUCGAGCCCGGGUGCAUAGAGGUAUUCAAGGGCUGCCGCAGCAGGUACCCACAGGGCGUCUAUGGUAGCGGCAAGGCCGAGCGGGACCCGAUCAGGUCUUGUCUGAAGAAGGAAUUGAGGGAGUUGUUCCACACCUCCAAUAUCAAGUUGCCAAAUAUAAAGAAGCCAAAGAGUUGGUCGGAUAAGGUCAAGGCAUGGUGGAGCCCUGACGGGGCGGAGAACGCUUGA